AUGUCAGGGAGCACCAUGGCUGGCGCGCCGGCCACGCCGGAAGGCGCCGGGGAUCCGUACGAGCGGCAGCUGAACUACAGCUUCACUGGGCGCGUCGCGCUCACCGUCGUCUUCGUCCUCUUCGGGCUCACCGUCGCCAUCGUCGUCAUGCGCGUCCUGCUGUACGUGCUGGUGUAUCGCUCUGGCCGAGGCGGAGGCCGCGGCAGCGGCGGCCUGGCCGCUGGCAUCUUCCGGUCCAUCAACUCGUUCGGAAGGAUCGGCAGCCGGCGGCACGGGCUGGACGCGUCCGCGCUCUCCGCGCUGCCGGUCACCGUGCACCGGAAGGAGGCCGGCUCCACCAGCGCCGCUGGGGCCGACUGCGCCGUGUGCCUGUCGGAGCUCGCGGACGGAGACGCGGUGCGGCAGCUGCCGAACUGUGGGCACGUAUUCCACGUGGAGUGCGUCGACGCAUGGCUGCGCACCAGGACGACGUGCCCUCUCUGCCGGACGGAGGCGGAGCUGUCCCAGGGCCGGGGGGACGGCAAGGCGGAGGCGGCUGCGCAGUCGUCGUCGUCGGGCACGGAGCCGCCGCAACCGACGUUGCUUGGUGCAGGAGGAACCUUGAUAGUGACCGUACAAGGUGGCUUCACGGAUACCCAGAGAGACGUGCGCGGGUAA